CUGCGGGGGAUGUGCCCUUGGAAAAGAGAUCUUGGUGGUGUUCUAAAACAGAGGAGAUCUCGCUUGUUUAGAAGGGAAAAGCUCGGCCAAUUAAUGGCGACAUUGAAAGUCCAUGACCCCUCCAUUGAAAUCAUGGCAGAUUAAGCAGAGAGGGAGAGGAGCGCCCUUAUUAAGCCUCGAAGGGUCAAGUUGCACUAGAAUCUCCCCCACCCCCUAAAGGUAAAAAACAGAGAGAGAGAGAGAGAGAGAGAGAGAGAGAUUAAGGAACAGAGGACGCCACCCACUGACAAGAUUAAGUCCCAAAACCCACCAUAAUCUCUCUCUCUCUCUCUCUCUUCCUCUGUUUCUAUCUCUCUGUCUCGCCCAUUUGUCUACGCCGUUACGGAGGCCCGUGGAACGCCGUUAUCCACCUCAGCAGCGUCAGCCCGCGCGCCGUUCGACGCCCCCACCCCACCUCCCCUGUUUCCCGCCGCCGCCGCCGCCGCCAUGGCCGCGGAGCAACUGAGCCUGGGGCCGGCCGACGCGGCCAACGGCGCCGAGUGCCGGGCGGCGUCGGCGGGGGACGGCGGGGACGACGGCGGCGGCGGCGGAGGGGGGGGGAGGGCGCCGAGGCUGCCGCGGUGGACGAGGCAGGAGAUCCUGGUACUGAUACAGGGGAAGAGGGUGGCGGAGACGCGGGUCCGGAGGGGGCGGGUCGGCGGGUCGGCGUUCGGGGCGGGGCAGUUGGAGCCGAAGUGGGCGUCGGUGUCGUCGUACUGCAAGCGGCACGGGGUGAACCGGGGGCCGGUCCAGUGCCGGAAGCGGUGGAGCAACCUUGCCGGCGAUUACAAGAAGAUCAAGGAGUGGGAGGCCAGGACCAGGGACGAGACGGAGUCGUUCUGGGUCAUGAGGAACGACCUCCGGCGGGAGAGGAAGUUGCCCGGGUUCUUCGACAGGGAGGUCUACGAUAUCCUCGACCACCAGGGGUCGUCCUCGUCGGCGGCUGCGGCGGCGGCGGUGGCGGAGCCUCCUCCGGAGGCGGAACUGGCCCUCGCUCUGGCCCCGGCUUCCGCGGCGGCGGCGGACGACGAGGAGGCGGAGGAGGAGAGGGACGUGGUGUUCGAUAGCGGCCGGAGCGCCGCCGCAGAGGACGGGCUAUUUUCGGAUUUUGAGCAGGACGACGGGGGCGGGGGCGGGGGCGGCGAAACCCCCGAGAAGGAGGUGGAGACACCGGUCCGGAUGCCCGAUGCGGCGCCGGCGGCCGCGGUGCCAAUCUCAGGUGCAGGACACGAGAAACAUCCGCCGCCGUCGAAUCCGGAGAUAGGCUCGACGUCCGCGGACGCGCGGAAGCGGAAACGACCGAUAUCAGAAGCCGACGAGGAGCCCGUCGGGAUGCAGUACCGCCUGAUCGACGUCCUGGAGAGAAAUGGCAAGUUGCUAACGGCCCAACUCGAGGCACAGAACAACAAUCUGCAGCUGGACAGAGACCAGAGGCAAGACCACGCCAACGGUUUGCUCGCCGUCCUCAACAAGCUCGCCGACGCCAUGGGAAGGAUCGCCGACAAGUUAUAGCAGAAGGGUCGGGGAUCGGCGCGCUCGGUUGGGUGUACAUAGGGAGCAGUUGUUCUCUGAGUGAGAGUCUUUGGGAGCUCGUUAGGAGAAGGAUCAAAAGGAAGGGAUGGGUAGCGAUUGAAUCUAGCGAUAGGUAGUGAUUAUUUACCUGAAUUCUCAUGCUUUCUUAUUCAUCAAAACUUGUUCUUUUUCUUUUCUUUUUCUAUAUAUCUGCGUAUAGGGCAAUGGCAUGCAGUUUUUGACACACUAUUGUUACGUCCUUUUCCACAGAGAUGAUGAUAAUAAUAAUAAUAAUGAAUAGGGGGAGAUUAGCAAAUUUCAAGAUGGGUUUUGCGUUUUCUGCAUCUUUUUUAAUGUUGUUUGACCUUGUACAGUACAUGGGACGGACACACACGUGUAAGAAGAUGUAUUGUUACUCCUCUGUUGUGAUCUUUCUAAUUGAUGAUGGCUUUUUUCGUGAUA